AUGACGCGCCCUCCAACCUCCGCGCGCGUUCUCAUACCCACCACUGCCCGUUCUUUGAAACGCAGCGCUCGCGCCCUACACCUUUGCGAACCUUCUCGCGCGCUUGACGCAUCGGCCAGCGCACCGUUGUCGACAGUCAACGCGUCUGAGAUUGCACACUUCUCACGUCUAUCUGCGCAAUGGUGGGACGAGCGCGGCGAGUUUGGAUUGUUGCACCGGAUGAACCCGCAUCGUGUGCGUUUCGUGCGGGAUAAGAUACUGGAAAUUGGACGCGAAGAGAAUGGGGAGGCUUGGGCUGAGGGACGCGGUGCCCGUGCGUUGGAAGGGAUGGACGUAUUGGAUGUAGGGUGUGGCGGAGGGAUACUCUCUGAGACUUUGGCACGAUUAGGCGCACGAACACUCGCGAUUGACGCGUCGGAGAAGAAUAUAGCUAUAGCAUCACUGCAUUCGGCUGCAGACCCGGCUUUGGCGUUGCCUGCGGAUCCUUCGCGCGGUUCUCUCACAUAUAGGCAUACUGCUGCAGAAACUUUGGUCAAGGAGCAGAAGCGCUUCGACGUCGUAUGCUUAAUGGAGGUGGUUGAGCAUGUCGAUAAUCCAGCCGACUUCUUACGCUCUUGUGCUGAACUCGUCAAGCCCGGAGGCCAUCUAUUUCUCUCAACAAUAUCUCGCACACCCCUUUCCUACUUCCUAACCAUCUUCGCAGCAGAGAAACUCCUACGUCUAGUCGAGCCCGGCACACACACCUGGUCCAAAUACGUCAACCCGUCUGAGCUCAUUGAGUUCUUCCAGACGGGCCUGGAUAAGCCUUGGAUCAACAGGACGUAUGAGUUCGGUAUGCCGACGAGGACAGAGGCGGAGGUGCGCGGGAUUGUGUAUGAGCCAUGGAAGGGCGAUUGGACUGUGCUCGGACGGAAUGCCAGUCCGUGGGGGACGGGGUGUAAUUACUUGUUCUGGGUACGGAAACCGAAGGCGUAA